GCUUUGAGCUCUAACUCACCCCAUGCCAAUCCCCCUCUCCACACUUUCUGCCUCCUUUCUCGCACCAGACUCGGACGGGAUACACAGCCGCGCAAAUGGAGCCUGAAGGCAGCCAAAGUAACCUGUCCUCCUCGGACUCACCGCACGACCCCUGCAAAAUGUUUAUCGGUGGACUAAGCUGGCAGACUACACAAGAGGGUUUGAAGGACUACUUCUGCAAGUUUGGUGAAGUGAAAGAGAGUAUGGUGAUGAGAGAUCCAGUUACAAAACGCUCGAGGGGUUUCGGAUUUGUCACAUUUGUUGACCAAGCUGGUGUGGACAAAGUCCUGGCCCAGACCAGACACGAGCUGGACUCCAAAACUAUCGACCCGAAAGUUGCCUUCCCUCGGCGAGCCCAGCCUAAGUUGGUGACUCGGACAAAGAAGAUCUUUGUUGGAGGUCUGUCAGUGAACACGACUAUUGAAGAUGUGAAGCAGUACUUUGACCAGUUUGGAAAGGUGGAUGAUGCCAUGCUCAUGUUUGACAAAACCACCAACCGCCACAGAGGGUUUGGCUUCGUGACCUUUGAGAAUGAAGAUGUUGUGGAGAAAGUCUGUGAGAUCCACUUCCACGAGAUCAACAACAAAAUGGUGGAGUGUAAAAAGGCCCAGCCCAAGGAAGUGAUGUCACCAACGGGCUCUUCUAGAGGUCGGGCUCGUGUCAUGCCUUAUGGGAUGGACGCCUUCAUGCUAGGCAUAGGAAUGCUAGGGUAUCCAGGGUUCCAGGCAGCAACAUAUGCCGGCCGCAGUUACACUAGUCUCACACCAGGAUACACAUAUCAGUUCCCCGAAUUCCACUUAGAGAGGACCCCCCUUCUGACAUCACCCCACCCCCCUGAACUCACAGCCAUUCCACUGACGGCGUACAACCCGAUGGCGGCAGCCGCAGCAGCAGCAGCUGUGGUCAGAGGCUCAACUCCUUCUCGCUCAGCGGGGUUUUUAGGUACCAGCAGCCCUGGGCCGAUGGCAGAUCUGUAUGGGACGGCCAAUCAGGAAUCGGCUGUGAGCAGCUACCUCAGUGCCGCGAGUCCCGCUCCCAGUACUGGAUUCAGCCACAGCCUCGGGGGUCCUCUGAUUGCCACAGCAUUUACUAACGGCUACCAUUGAAACAAGUGACAGGUACAACGGUACAGUAUCGAUCGCCCGGACGUCUUCCCCACAUCUGCAGGAAGGAUUGAUGAAGAAUGAUUUGAAGUAUAAUGGUGAUCUCAAUCGAAUACAAUGGAUGCACUCGACGUGCUGCAGGGUUUUAUUGUUAUUUUAUCAAGCUCUGUCUUUAAAGAGACGAAUCAGCCCUAAACUGACGAAACCACGGCUGCAACACUAUUAAUAUGACAUGAUGUUUAUUAUUUUUGGAAUUACUGUCAUAUUGGUUUCUAAACUAACCUCCUACUCCUCUAAACUAGAGCUAAACCUGUAAAUAACUAGUUCGUCUCUCAGUUUAAGACACUAACAGGUGUAUUUUUUUUGUCUUAGUUUUAUUUUCUCUCCCAUUUCUUGUCUUUGUGAUGAAUGUAUGUAUAUGUAGGUUUGUAGCUUCAAUUUUUCGGUUUAAUACUUUCAUAAGAGCAAUAAUCUGUGUCAAAUCUCUUUGUAGCGGAUUUAGAAAAAGACUAAAUCGCUCUCAGAUGCGUUUGGUACAUUUUCUACUGAAGGAUAUAGUGUGUCAAAAUGUAUAUUUUGUUAGUUUUGCAACUGGAUUUAUUACACUGAUCAUGGAAAUAGCAGUAAUUAUAAGGAGAACAUAUUUCUCAGACUUAGAUUUGACUUUGAUUGUGUAAAAUAUUGUACAUAAUGUCUUUUGGAUCUGAUGAGGUCUGGCGGCGUGAUUAAGAGAGUUUUUUACACUCAAAAACGCAAGUGCAUGAUAUUCUUUGUCCAAAAAUUUGCUUUGUUUUGUCUUUUUUUCUGAAUUCGAUCAACUUGAACUUUGUGUUUUAUUUUGUUCAGGUUUUUUUUUUUUUUUUGCUGACAGAGAGCAAUGUGAAUGAUGCUUCUAGUGUGUGUGUGGGAGUGUGUGUACGUGAGCAUGCGUUACUGUCAUGAUUUAAUGUAUUAUCUUCAGUAAGAUGAUUUAAAAUGUGAAUUGUUACCCCUUUAUGUCCAUGCUGUUGCAUUGCUUUUACCAAGUGUUUGUCCAUAACACAGUUCAAUUAAUCUCUUUUAGAGGUUUUAUAACAAUUGGAAUAUGAAUAUACUUCAAUUAACUGAAGAUCUGGUACUGGUAAAAUAAUAAUAAUAGCAACACUAAUAUAACACUUUUUAUGAAGUAAACUGGAUGGCUGUUAUUAUUGGAAAGUUUUAAUGUUUCUUGUUUGAAGCUGGACCCUCUCUGGA